UUUCUGUCAUUUUAUAAUUGAUAAAAUUUCGCAGGCUAAUAAUAACAAUAAAAAAGCAAAUCGUACCGUGGCUUGCGGAUUUUACCGAUUUGAAAGCGAUACCAAAGUCGUGGAAAAGAGUUCAAUUAAUCAGUAACAAUGGUAGCUAAAAGCCCCAAUUCCGAGAAAAUGGCGAAAAGCAAACAGUCCCACAUCGCUUCAGUGUGGAAUCGUGCUAUAAAACCCAACUCAGAAUGGACAGAAAAGGACGAUUUUCUGGAUGUCGUGUACUGGGCCCGGCAAGUGCUCAGCAUUCUCAUCGGCAUAGUAAUGGGUCUCAUUCCGCUGAAAGGCUUCAUCGCACUUGCUUUGUUUGCUCUACUGAAUUGUGGAGCCGUCUAUCUGUACAGCACUAGCUUCCAAAAUAUUGACGAGGAUGCGUAUGGCGGCAUGUGGGAAGUUGUAAAAGAAGGCUUCAUGACAUCUUUCGCGUGCUUUUUGGUCACGUGGAUUAUCUUCUACACCGGCAUCCAUUUCGAUAGCGUAGUCAUAGAAAAGAGUUUAUAGAGAUAAAGCAACAAAAGAAGAAAAGAAAAGAUUUAACUAUAAAGGAAUGGUAAACUGAAGCGAAAAAUAAUA